AUGGCAGCUUCGUGCAUUGUCGCAGCGGGUCAGGCCGUCGCGAGCCGCGCGCCGCCUGCUGUUGUUAGCGCUUCGGGGAAGCAUCCUGGAGCGUCAGCAUCCUCAGAACGGCCGUCGAGCUUCGACGCGCCGCAACUCUUCGGCAAAUCUCUCUCCAACCCCAUCAAGCCUUCCGCCAACGGCGGAAUGUCCGCCAGCCGCGCGCGAAAGCUGUUCUUCCUCCGCGCCGCGCGACCUCUCCUCCAGAAGACGGCACCGCUGAGGCGGUGGCAGCGCAGCCGCGCCGUUUCGCAGAAGGAAGCGGAGGAGAAGAAUAAAGGCGAAAUGACUGCGACAGAAGUCAUCGAUGCUUUCGUCACUGGAUCAAAUCUCACCGAAGGAAUGGACAUGGAUCCUCUCCCUCUCCACGCGCAAGGCACUUCUUUCAUUGACGUAACUGACGGCGGCGCAGAGUCCGUUUCCGCACAGCAGCUGCAGCAGCAGCAGCCGACCUCACCGGCCUUGAACCCCGUCGACUGGGUGCUCCUUAAAGCGCAAGGCGUGCCUAUGCCUUCGUUCGACUUCGACCUCAAGUGGAACUUCCCCUGGCCGCGCGACGGCGAUAAUGGCAGCGGCCUCCCUCCCCCCGCGUCGCUCGCGUCGCUCACGGAGCGCCGCGACGCGCUGAAGCAGGAGCUGGAGGUGCUGGAGCUGAUGCUGCGGCCGCAGUGCCCGUGGCCGCGCGACCCGCACGCUUUUAUCGAGGAGGAAUGGGUGCUUUCCCAAGAGGAGGAUGAACAAGACGAGAGCGACGCGGAAGAGACGACGGCGUUUCUCGUGGAGGAGAUCGACGAGGAGAUUAAAGUCGUCGAGGUGCUCCCCUCCGGUCCUCAUUGCGCGUGGCCGCGAUACGCGGGCCGCGUGGCUGCUCCCGCCGCGGACGCCCCCGCCGCCUCCGUAACCCCCGCCGCGGUUGGCGCUGAAGCGUUCGCGCGCUGCGCCUGGCCCCGCACCAACAAUCAGUCGACACCACUUACCGCCGUUUCCGCUGUUACCUCCGCCUCCGCCAUUUCCGCCAUUUCAGCAGCCUUCUCUCCCGCCCCUGGCCCUCGGUGCGAGUGGCCAAGGAAGUCAUCUAACCCGCUCGUCCCGGUCGCCGCGCCAUCGACUCCCGCCGCCCCCGGCGCAAGGUGCUCGUGGCCGCGCGUGGCCUCCACCGCUUCUGCUGUUUCCGCCGUUUCCGCCGUUUCCGCUGUUAAGGCCGCGACCGUCGUCCCCAGCCUCGAAUCUUCCGCGCUGCCACCUUCCGCACGUUGCGCUUGGCCGAGGGGAUCAGCGCAGGUGCAGGAGCAGCGCGUGUUGGCUUCCCUUGGCCCGCACUGCGCCUGGCCGCGCAAGAGCGCGCUGUCCGCCGUGGCUUCCCCUGCGGUAGCAGCCCCCGCUCCUGCUCCUGCCGAGGCUCCUGCGGUGCUGGGUCCGCGAUGCUCGUGGCCGCGCUCAACGUCCGCCGCUUCCGCCAUCGCCCCUCCUUCCGCCGUUUCCGCCGCCGCCUCCGCCGCCCUUCCGCACCUUGACCUCGCCGUGGGCCCUCGCUGCAGCUGGCCCCGCCAAACUUCCUCCUCCGCCGUUCCCGCCUUAACCGCAGCGGCUGCUGCCGUCGCAGCUCCCCCCGCACCCGCGGAAGCCGCCCCUCUCGGCCCGCGCUGCGCAUGGCCGCGCACAGUCCCCACUGUGACCCCCGUGGUGCGCGUAGAGUCGAAAUCGGAGCCGCAAGAGCAGCAGGAGGAGGAGGUGGUAGCGCGAGUGCAAGCGCGCGCAGCGCCCCCCGCGGUGGACGUGUCGGAUGGUCCGCGGUGCAUGUGGCCGCGCGGAUCAGUGCUGUCCCAGGCGCUCAUGGGCGGCGCGGCGGGAACUGGCAAGGGCAUGAUGGGCGUGGGAGUGGAGCUGCCUGCUCUUACUCCUGUUGCUCCUGCUGCUGCUGCUGCUGCUGUCCCCAUGGGCCCGCGGUUGCUGAUUGCCGUUCUACUUGCGGCGGGGGGUGGGACAAUCGCCGAAUCCAAGUCUUCCAAGAAGUCGGGGUCGUCCGAGUCGCGCGACUCUUCCGCGUCGCUGUACAACGUCCGCCUGCGUUCCGCGCCGCCCGUCCUCGCGUACCGCGGCGGCAUCAGCGGCUACGCGGCGACGGCUCCCGGGUUUUACGGCAACGAAUACAACAUGCUCUCGACGACGCUCUCCGCGCCGUCCUCCGCCAUUUCGGAAACGGCGGAAGCGGCGGCGCUGAGCAGCGCCAGCGUGACCGGCGAAGGCGCAAGCGGAAGCGGAUCGGCGGAGGCGGAGGCGGAGGCGGAAGCGGCGCAGGUGCGGAUGCAGCGUCCGCCGAAGGUGAACAUGGCGUCGGCGCACGUGCGGGAGUUCUCGAGCUAUCUACAGUGGCAGCAGGGGCAAAUCGCGACGGACGUGGGCGUGGAUCCCGAGAAUAUCGUGUACAAAUUCACCUUCGCGAGCAACGGCUUCGCGGCGAUGCUGUCGCCCGCGGAGGCGGAGCAGCUGCGGAAGCACCCCGCGGUGGAGCGCGUGACGCCCGCGUUCGAGGUGACCCCGCUGACGACGCACUCGCCGAGUUUCCUGAAGCUGCCCACGUCGCUGUGGCGCGCGAACGGCGGCGAGAAGAGCGCGGGGCGCGGCGUGGUGAUCGGCGUGAUCGACAGCGGGAUCUGGAUCGAGCACCCGUCAUUCGCGGACGGCGCGAGCGGGAAUGGCUCCGCGGCGUACUCCGCGCCGACCAAGUGGGGCGGCAAGUGCCAGACCGCGCCGGACUUCCCGCGCUGCAACAACAAGGUCAUCGGAGCGCGCGCGUUCAACGGCGGGUUCGUGCGCUACCGCGGCGCGAUCGACGGGACGCUGGACUACCUGUCGCCUCGCGACUCCGUCGGGCACGGCUCGUGGUGCGCGAGCGCCGCGGCGGGGAACUCGGGAGUUAAGGCCGUGAACAACCGGCGGCAGGCGAUCGGCGCGACGAGCGGCAUGGCGCCGCGCGCGCGGCUCGCGGUGUACAAGGUGUUUUGGAAGGCCAAGGGGGACAUGAGCGGGUCGGCUUCUAGCGUGGAUAUCGACGCCGCGAUCGACGCGGCGGUAGCGGACGGCGUGGAUGUGAUUAGUAUGUCGCUGGGCGGAGUUAAUCCGUACGCGGGGUACUUCGACGACACUAAUUUCCUCUACGCCAAUCAGGCGGGCAUCGUGGUGGUGUGCGCGGGCGGGAACAACGGCCCGCCGCCGCUGACGCAGUCCAUCUACCGCACCAUCAUGCACUUCUCGCCCUUCUACCUCACCGUCGGCGCCAGCUCCACGGACCGCCACUACACGUCGAAGCUGCGGCUCGGCACGGGCGUGAACCUGUGGGGCGCGGGGUUCGGCACGGGCACGCGCAAGGUGCGCGGGCUGCCGCUGGUGUUCGCGCAGGACGCCGUGGCGUACGGCAACACGGCGACCGACGCAAAGCUGUGCCUCCCCGGCACAGUAGACUCCGCCAAGGCGAGCGGCAAGAUAUUGGUGUGCACGGCGGGGCAGGCGUCGUUCGGCACGCAGGCGGACACGGCGGCGGGCGCGGGCGCGCGCGCGAUGGUGCUGGUGAACGAGGCGGGCGGGGGGGACGUGACGUUGGAUAUUUACGACGCGCGCAUCCCCAUCCUGCACCUCGGGGUUAGGGAGGCGGACAAGCUGCGGAAGUACAUGCGCGCGACGAGCAAGCCCAUCGCGACCUACUCAGCAUCCUUCUCGGUCUUCUUCAACCGCAUCGCGCCCGCCGUCGCGCCCUUCUCUGCACAAGGCCCCGUAGUGAGCCCAUCCUCCGACCCCCGCAUCCCCGGCCCCACCAACGACAUACUCAAGCCAGACAUUCUCGGCCCAGGCCUCUUUCUCUGGGGCUCCUCUCGUAGCAGCAGCACCAAGGCCGGGAGCAAGCCGGGGUACGACAUGCUCAUGGGGACUUCUAUGGCUGCGCCGCACGUGGCGGGGAUUGCGGCGCUGCUCGUGCAGAAGCAGCCGAAAUGGUCCCCCGCGCAGGUGAUGUCGGCGAUCAUGACGACGGCGAGCAAUAUGAAUAAUAAAGGCGGGCCGAUCGGGAGGUUUGUCACAGGGGAGAAGGCGAAUCCGUUUGAGAUUGGAUCCGGGCAUGUGAACCCGCCGAAAGUUUUGGAUCCCGGGCUGACGUAUAACCUCGGGUUGGGCGACUAUUUGAACUUUUUGGCCGGGCAGAACCUGACCGAGGUGCAGGGGUGGAAGAUUAAGCCGGUGAAGGCGAUUCCGGCGUAUAAUUUGAACCUUCCGUCGAUUGCAGUGUCGCGGUUACGGAAGGGGGUGGUGGUAAAGAGGACGGUGACGAACGUGGGAAGUACGACGGCCACGUACCGAGCCAAGGUUGUUGCUCCGGAUAAUGUGCGGGUGGUGGUUUCGCCGAGCCAGUUUACGAUCGGCGCGGGGAAGUCGGUGAGUUUUACGGUGGGGUUUACAGUGGUGAACCCGACAGGGAGCUUCUCGUUUGGGAGUCUGACGUGGGAGGACGGUGCGGGGCAUUCUGUGCGGUCAGUGCUGGCUGUGCAGCCGAUUUCCAAGUGA